AUUACAAAAUUCGAAAAUAUCAAAACCGAAUUAACUUGAUUGGUAUAAACAAAUCAACAUUAUUCACGGAACCAACUAUAACCCCUCUUAUCGCUAAAUUAUGCGCAAUAAAUAACUGAAAUCACAAAAGAAGUUCAGUCAUAUGUGAUGGCUAGAACAAUUUGGGACAAAUCAGGAAAAUGAUCCAAUUUGUAGCAAGGUGAAGAACACUGUUAUCUUUCAUCUCACAAUCCUUGAUUUAUGAACCCCACAAUUGUCGCAAUUGAAUUAUGUUUGAGAAUUCCUUCGAUGUGUGUUGACUAUGAAUUUCUGCGCUGUAAUUAUUACACGAUGCUGGAUAGAAACGGGCACAAUAAAAGACGAUAGUAUACAGAGCUAUAAGUACAAUGACUCACAAUACAUCUUCAGGCAAGAAUAACAUCUAUUUUCGCGGUAUAAUUAUAUUUCUAUUGUACGGGAACAUAGCAAAUUAAACAUUUGCACUGCAUAUUCGAGAACAAAACAUGAUAUCACCCGUUCGUUUAGAAUUCGCAAGUGUUAACCCGUUAACUGGGGAAUUAAUUAACUCGCAUGGACAAGUUAUUGCAAUUUAACAAUUUUUUAUGAUUUGAAAAAACUAGGGGAAAGCGAAACUAGGGUCUUUAACUUUUGGGGACUUUUAUGUCGAUUUGCGUCAAAAUAAAAAUUUACGAAAUAGUUUUUAAUCUUUGAAACAAAAUAACUUCGACGGCUCAAUUUUAUAAGAACAAAGAAAAAUCGGAAAUUUUUAUGAACAGUUUAAUUAAACUAGUAAUAAAUAAUAAAGACUUUGUUGACAAUUUAUUCUUAGUCACUAUAUUCGAUUAAAGGUCGAUAGCAUACGUCCUUUUCGAGUAGUAUGGUGUUAUCGGAAGAUUGAUCGAUCACAUUAUCUCACAAAUUUUGCAGUUAGAUUCCAUUGAACGCUUCUGUUAGACUCCUUGUCACGUUCAAGUGUUUGAAGAUCGAAUUACAGUAGCCUCUCGUUAUAUUGCCUCAGAUGACUCUGAUUCAAAUGUUAUGUAAAAUUGUGCGAAAUAUAUAGUGUUUUCAAAUUUCUGUUUAUUCAGUUUUCAAAUUUCUGUUGUAUUGGAUAAUCUGUAUUCUGCAAUUUAGAAGGUAUUUUUAUUUUGAAUUGUUUUUUCGUUUAAUUUUUUACUUAAAGUGUAUAAAGGUACAGUUUAUCAGUUUUUCUUGGUUUUGAGAAAUUAAAUAAAAUUUGAAACUUCAAAUUUAUAAAUUUUAAAUAUUAAAUUUCUAAUUUUUAAAAACGGCAAUAUAACGAGAGGAUACAGUAAAUGUCAAUUAUGCGUUCUCACGCGAGAUAAACGACGAUUCUGUUUCAAGCAGAAUGCAAAAUUGUCCUCGUCUGCGAAAUUUUAAAAAAUUUGCGGGAAUAUAACGAGAGUACAACGUAACAAUAAUCACAGUAUUAUUUACCGAUACAAACGAUUAUUUGCUUUGAAGAAAAAUACAUACGAAAUCUAUGCCUGCAAAAGUUUAAAUAAAAACGGCAAUAUAACGCGAGUGUAAUAAAUACAUGAACUACACAUCUUUAACAAAUAGUGGCGAAUAAUCUUGAAGAAGUUAUUGAUGAAAAUUGUGUUUGUGAAAGUUUAUACAAAAACGGCAAUAUAACGAGAGUCUACUGUACACGUAAACUAUGCAUUCUCGACUGACGAUUUUUUUUUUAAGAAAAAUUUACCGACAGAAUUUGUCUACAUGGAAGUUCAAAUAAAGACGGCAAUAUAACGCGAGUUUACUAAAUACAUAAACUACACAUCUUUGACAAAUAGGAACGGAUAAUCUUGAAGAAGUUAUUGAUGAAAAUUGUGUUUGUGAAAGUUUACAUAAAAACGGCAAUAUAACGAGAGUCUACUGUACACAUAAACUAAGCUUCCUCGAUUGACAAAAAUGAUGAUGUUUCUUGAUGAGGAGUUUAUUGACAGAACCUGUCUAUGUGAAAGUUCCAAUAAAAACGGCAAUAUAGCGAGACUCUACUGUACACGUAAACUAAGCUUCCUCAACUAAGAUGACGAUCUUUCUUGAAGAAGAACUUAGCAACAGAAACUGACUAUGUGAAAGUUCAAAUAAAGGCGGCGAUAUAACGAGGGUCUACUGUACACGUAAAGUACAGGUCCUCAAGCGAUCUUCCUUGAAGCGGAGGUCAUCAACGAACCUGACAGCACCGAGGACUGCAACGACCAAUAAAUUUCGAAUCACGUGAAUCUAGAAGUAUCGAGAAAGUAGGAAAACUAGCCGUAAAGUUCUUAAUAGAGUCGGAUUGGACUGUUCUCCAGUGACGUAGCGGCAUUAAAGGGGAAGGGGAGACGAAGUUACGGCAGAAAUUGUCGAAGAAGCACGACGCAUUUAAAUGGCCGGUCGCGUGUUGCCGCGGAUUCAGUUUCGUCGUCGGCUUCUCGAAACCGGAUUGAAUUUCGUGUUUUUCACCUGUGCACCAACCCACGUUUGUCGAUUCCACCCACUGUACAACAAUUUUCUUCGAGGACCAUAAAAAAAAAAUUUCAAGAAACACGUGCACGCGUGACGUACUCCCACUUUUAUGGCCUUUCCCGUAAUUUCAUUUGUCGUGCAAACCAUGUGCCGCGGAUGCAAGAACAAGUAACUCGUCACGAGAUUUUGAAGAACCUGAAGAACGACUGUGAAGGUGACGAUUGGAGUGUAACGGAUCUGAUCAUUUACAACGUAGGAUUUUAGGAUGAAGAAAUCAAACGAUACAGGAGGUGUAAAUCAAAACAAUCAGUCUGGAGCAUAUGUGAAUCAUGCCUUGAGUGUGUCUGAGGAUAGUUUAAAUCUUGAUCAUUCAAACAACUCUCAAAGUCUACAUAAUUCAUAUGAAAACCGAGAAAUACAAGGUUCCUCAGAUUUUAUUUUGGUCACAGAAUCUGGAGAUGAUGAAAUUCACCAUAAAGAUAAUUUUGCACAUACAGUAUGGAGAUACGUUAAGCGACGGUGUAGAUCAAUUUGUACAAAGAAAACUGUUUAUAAAAGACUGCCAAUUUUAAACUGGUUACCCAGGUACAAUGCACAAGAUGCAAUAGGCGAUCUUGUUGCUGGUAUUACUGUAGGUUUAACUGUAAUUCCACAAUCGUUAGCGUAUGCUAAUGUAGCGGGUUUGCCACCUCAGCAUGGAUUGUACGGUAGCAUUUUAGGCUGCUUUAUUUAUAUCAUAUUUGGGUCUUGUAAGGAUGUGCCAAUGGGACCCACAGCUAUUAUUUCCUUGCUUACAUAUCAAACAAUAGCACAUCUUGAUGCACGAGUGCAACAUGCAAUACUUCUUUGCUUCUUAACUGGAGUAGUAGAAUUACUAAUGGGCAUAUUUGGUCUUGGAUUUUUAAUUGAUUUUGUAUCGGGUCCUGUUAGUUCAGGGUUCACAUCAGCAGUAGCUUUAAUAAUUGUUACUUCACAACUGAAGGAUAUUCUUGGUGUUCCUGCAAUGGGAACACAAUUUCUGGAAAUGUGGGACAGUCUUGCUAGGCAUAUACACCAAACUUCAGCUUGGGAUGCUACACUUGGAGCAUCUUGUAUAGCAUUCCUACUACUCUUCAGGCUUCUAGCAUCGUACAGUAUUAGACCUAAAGAUAAAGAACAGGAAAAUUCGAACUAUCGCGUUAUAAAUAAAAUCAUUUGGUUAAUUGGUACAUCACGAAAUGCGCUUCUAGUGAUCAUUUGUGGUUGUUUAGGAUACAGUUUCAGCACAAAUAGCCCCUUCAAAUUGGUUGGAUUCAUACCAGGAGGUAUGCCGGCAGUAAAAUUACCACCAUUUAGUUAUGAAACAGACAAUGAAACAGUGACUUUUGCUGAAAUGGUUACAAAUUUGGGAAGCGGUAUUCUUGUUAUACCACUUAUUUCGUUAAUGGAAGAUAUUUCUAUUUGCAAAGCUUUCUCAACUGGAAAAUCAGUUGAUGCAACACAAGAAUUAAUAGCACUUGGAAUGUCAAACAUUGGUAAUUCUUUUGUUCAGGCUUUUCCUGGUUCAGGAUCUCUUAGUAGAAGUGCAGUAAACAAUGCAUCUGGAGUUAGGACACCAAUGGGAGGCAUUUAUACUGGUAUUUUAGUGAUAUUAGCUCUACUUUUUCUUACACCAUACUUCAGUUACAUCCCAAGGGCUACAUUAGCAGCAAUUAUUAUAGCUGCUGUAAUAUUCAUGGUAGAAGUCAAAGUUGUAAGGCCAAUGUGGAGAACUAAAAAGUCGGAUUUAAUUCCUGGAGUAGGAACGUUCAUUGCAUGCUUAGUGCUAAAAUUAGAAAUUGGAAUUUUAUGUGGCAUUGGAAUAAAUAUUUUAUUCAUUCUGUAUCAUGCAGCACGACCAAAGAUAUCUGUAGAGAAGCUUACUACUCGACACGGUACUCAAUAUCUCAUGUUAACACCAGAUCGAUGUUUAAUUUUCCCGUCCGUAGAUUAUGUGAGAAAUCUGGUGACAAAAUACAGUCAACGUGCUGGAACUGUGGCAACUCCAGUUGUGAUUGAUUGUUCUCAUAUUUAUGGUGCAGAUUUUACUGCAGCCACAGUUGUCGAAACUUUAACUAAAGAUUUUGCCGAGAGAGGUCAACCACUGUUUUUCUAUAAUUUAAAACCUUCUGUUUAUACAGUAUUUGAAGGAGUUGCAUCAACAGACUUUGUUGUAUACUAUACUCAGGAGGCGCUGGACGACCUCCUAAGAGAUAAAGGAUACUUAAAACAAUAGAAUUCACUAAAUAGAAUGUGCUACUUUUGUAAGCAUUAUAUUAUAUUAGUAUGAAUUGAAUUACCAUAUUAUUCAUGUUAACAGUAGAACUGGUUGUUAAGUUAUGUCUUUCUUAUUAUAGAUUUUAUAGUAAUAAGUAUAACUCAUUUUUCUCAUCACUCUCAUUGAUUUUCAAUGAAUCAUAGUAAGCAUCAUCAUUUUAUAUUUAAGAAUGCAUUAAAAGCAAUAUAAUAUUGUUAUUAAAUAUAUCACAGUAUAGAUAUUUUUAAUGAAUCAUUUUUUUAUGUAUUAUUAAAGAAAUUCUUAUUGUAAAUCUUUAUCAACAUUCAUUCUCAUUACCUGCAUCUAACA